CUGAAGGUCACACUGCUGCGCAGUGGGGACAGCACAGAGUCCAGGAUCCCACCGACACACUGGGGCUCAGCAGCACUCUGAAGUCACCAGCUAUGAUUAUUUGGAGGUUCCCUUCCCUCCUCCUCCUCUUUGCCGUGGCCAGCGGAACCCCCAUCGGAGACCAGGAUGAGGAUAUCCAAGUGCAGGAGAAUUUUGAGGCUGAGCGGAUGUACGGGAAGUGGUACGACAUCGCCAUUGGCACGACCUGCACAUGGAUGAAGAACUACAAGGAGAAGUUCAGCAUGGGUACAUUGGUGCUGGGCCCCGGCCCCAGCACCGAUCAGAUCAGCACUGCCAGCACCAGGCUGCGGCAAGGUGACUGCACAAAAGUCUCAGGAGAGUACCAGAAAACCAGUACCCCUGGCAAAUACACCUACUACAACCCCAAAUGGGAUGUGUCUAUCCAGUCCUAUGUGCUCCGCACCAAUUAUGAAGAAUAUGCUGUCAUCCUGAUGAAGAAGAAAAGCAGUUUUGGCCCAAGCACCACCCUGAAGCUGUAUGGGAGGAGUCCAGAGCUGAGGCAGGACCAUGAGUCUUUCCAGCAGCUGGCUCUGGAGACAGGCAUUCCCAUGGAUUCCGUCUUCAUCCUGGCCAACAGAGGUGAAUGUGUUCCUCAGGAGACUGGAAGUGCUCCCCAGAGGGCACGGAGAGCAGUCCUGCCCCCCGAGGAGGGCUCAGCUGCGGGACCCCUGCCCCCUUACAUUGGCAACAAGGAAGACUCAUGCCGGCUGGGCCAGGACCCCGGGCCCUGCAGAGGGAUGUUCUCCCGCUUCUUCUACAACUCCUCCUCCAUGGCCUGUGAAACCUUCCUCUAUGGAGGCUGUCUGGGCAACGGCAACAACUUCUACUCAGAGAAGGAGUGCCUGCAGGCCUGCCGGACGGAGGCUGCCUGCAGGCUGCCCAUCGUGCCAGGUCCCUGCCAGGCACUGGUGACACGCUGGGCCUUCGACGCCGCCCAGGGCAAGUGCAUCACCUUCAGCUAUGGGGGCUGCAAGGGCAACGGGAACCAGUUCUACUCGGAGAAGGAGUGCAAGGAGUACUGUGGGGCUCCUCCAUUGGCAGAGGAUGAGGAGUUUCUGCACCUGUCAAACUGAGCAGGCGGAGGACGAGGGGCUGGCACCCAGCACUGGCGUCCCACGGGACAGCACUGCCAGUUGCCGGCAGCGCAGGAGAUGCCUCCAGCAGUAAAUGUCUCUAAUGUGA